AUGCUCAUUCCUCCGCCUCUCCAUUUCUGUGUCAAAUCCGUGGCUCCCUGGCUUUGCUGUUGGAUUGGCAUCCCCCCUCCGUCUGGAGCUGCUGGAGCCUGGCUGUUAGAGCCCAGAUGCUUACAGCCUGGGGGACCUUCUGAGCCCACGUGGCCCCACCCUGCUGCCUUGUCUCCGCAGCGGCCACCGCGCCUGCACGCCCGGCCGUCCCAGGCCCCCGCCGUGGAGGUGGUGCCUGCCGGAGCCUCCUACAACCCGUCCUUCGAAGACCACCAGACCCUGCUCUCAGCGGCCCACGAGGUGGAGUUGCAGCGGCAGAAGGAGGCGGAGAAGCUGGAGCGGCAGCUGGCCCUGCCCGCCGUGGAGCAGGCCGCCACCCAGGAGUCCACGUUCCAGGAGUUGUGUGAGGGGCUGCUGGAGGAGUCGGAUGGUGAGGGGGAGCCGGGCCAGGGCGAGGAGCUGGAGGCUGGGGAUGCUGAGGUCUGUCCCACGCCCGCCCGCCUGGUCACCACGGAGAAGAAGACGGAGCAGCAGCGGCGGCGGGAGAAGGCUGCACGCAGGCUGCGGGCACAGCAGGCAGCGUUGCGGGCCGCCCGGCUGCGGCACCAGGAGCUGUUCCGGCUGCGCGGGAUCAAGGCACAGGUGGCCCUGAGGCUGGCGGAGCUGGCGCGGCGGCGGAGGCAGCGUCAGGCACGGCGGGAGGCUGAGGCCGACAAGCCCCGAAGGCUCGGUCGUCUCAAGUACCAGGCACCCGACAUCGACGUGCAGCUCAGCUCGGAGCUGACCGGCUCACUCAGGACUCUGAAGCCCGAGGGCCACAUCCUUCGAGACCGGUUCAAGAGCUUCCAGAGGAGGAAUAUGAUCGAACCUCGGGAGAGAGCCAAGUUCAAGCGCAAGUACAAGGUGAAGCUGGUGGAGAAGCGGGCAUUCCGCGAGAUCCAGUUGUAGCUCCCAGCAGAUGCCGGAGCCCCGCCCUUCAAUAAAAAGUUCCUUGUAGCCGCU